CACCUACAGUCCAUACCUUUUUCACUUCACAGAGAGUUUAGUUGUAGCAGGGUGUUGCGUUCCCUCUUCAUAGAGGCGUGCGUAACAUAAUGGGGGCUCAUCCGGGAUCUUUCCAUUAAACCCACCGGACCCUGCUGCUCUGAGCUCUCUGUGGUUAGUGAUUUGAGGUGUGAUGGUAGGUUGUGAGUUUGGAUGACUUGUUUAGUUAGUGUUCAGUAGACUGCAUUGUAUAAGAUGGCUGCCUCAGCCAUCUCCAAGUUUUUUGAAGCGCCCUCUAUUGAUUGUUUGGUGAGGUUUCGUAAAGUAGACCUUAUAGCUAUAGCUGACCAUUAUGGAUUUGUUGUCCCUGAGAAAGCCCUAAAGGCUGAACUUUUGGUGCUAGUCAGGGAGGGUUUAGUGAGAGAACGGAUUCUCUCAUUGCAAGGAGAGGAGACGGGUAGACCUUCCGAUGCCAAGUCGGAGGACAAGGCGGAGGAAGGGGUUUCUCGUACCCCUUUUACAUUGCCCCGAUUCGAUCCUUUAUCUUCUGCUUCGGGUCGUUCAGAUGGAACUGCUAGGCUGAAGGUGAGGCUGGCUCGGUUAGAAAUGGAGCAAAAAGAUAAAGAGAGACAAAUGAAUUUUGAACUUGAAAUUAGGAGAAUAGAAGCUGACAAGGAGGUGAGGAUCCGACAACUGGAGCUAGACGCUCGCUCCAGUGCGACUCCACAAGCUGCUCAUCAUCCAACCCACUUCGAUGUGAGUAAAAACAUAGCUUUAGUCCCUCCAUUCCGAGAGUCGGAAGUGGAUUCUUAUUUCUCUGCGUUUGAGCGUGUAGCCGCUGCGCUGCAUUGGCCACUCGAGGUUUGGCCGCUCCUGUUACAAUGUAAAUUGUCUGGGAAAGCCCAGGAAGUAGUAGCUGCUCUCUCCCUGGAAGACAGUUUACAUUACGAUACAGUUAAAACUACUGUGUUGCGGGCUUAUGAGUUGGUGCCUGAAGCUUAUAGACAGCGCUUCAGGAACCACAAACUCUCAACGUACAUUUGUUGAAUUUGCUAGGGACAAAGAGUCUCUGUUUAGUCGCUGGUGUUCAGCCAGCAAAGCUAACACCUUUGCUGAUAUUAAGGAGUUGAUGCUGUUGGAGGAUUUUAAAGGCAACCUCCCAGAUAGAAUUGUAGUUCAUUUAAAUGAACAGAAAGUGGUGACAUUGGCCCAAGCAGCAGUGUUGGCAGAUGAGUACGCUUUGACACACAAGACUGUCUUUGGUGCAACACGUUUUGAAGGCCGGACGAUUACGUCAUCAGUUCCUCAUUCAGGUCGCUUUUCCUCUGACAACACUAAGCCUUUUCAUGAAAUCCGUGAAUGUUUUUACUGUCACCAAAAGGGUCAUGUGAUUGCGGACUGCCCAGUUUUGAAAAAUAAACCGAAACAGUCCCAGUCACCGUCCCCAAAAAUGAAAAGUUUGGGUUUAGUCAAGUCUUUGGCUCGUCCAUUGGAUCGAGUUGUUGUUUCAGCAUUUGAGAAACCGGAUCCUGUCUAUGCUCCGUUUAUCUCUGCCGGUUAUGUUUCCUUAACAGGAGAACAAGCUGAUCAAAGGCCUAUCCAAAUCCUACGAGACACUGGGGCGGCGCAGUCAGUAAUCAUUACUGAUGCUUUACCCUGGUCUACUGAAACGUAUUGUGGCUCACAUGUCAUAUUACAGGGGAUAGAGACAAAAACCGUGCCUGUACCAUUACACUGGGUCCACUUAGUGUCAGACUUGGUAUCAGGACGUUUCCGUGUUGGUGUAGUAUCUACACUGCCAGUAAAAGGAGUCAAAUUGCUACUAGGGAAUGAUAUUGCUGGUGGUAAUGUCAUUCCUGUGUUAGAGGUAGUAGACAAUCCAGAAAUCAGAACUACAGAUGAGAAAUUGGUUCAAGCAUUUCCACAUGUUUUUCCUGCUUGUGUGUUAACGAGGGCACAAUCUCGCAAGCUAGGAGAUGUGGUGGAUUUGGCUAGUUCUAUUUUUGAGAAUGUUGAGGUAGAAGAAAAUGCCCCGAGUAUGCCUUCUGCAAUGCCGACAGUUUUUACCCCCGUAAAAACUAAGGCAGGGGAAAACGAAAUUGUGCCCCAAUUACAUGACAUUCUUUUGUCUGUCACCCCUGAGAAGGUGAUUGAAUGUCAAAAAGAAGACACCAGUCUUCGCAAGUGUUUUGCUUUGGUAAUUUCCAUUGAGGAAGCAAAAACUAGAGAGACCGCCUACUUUAUGGAAGCAGGAGUUUUGAUGCGUAAAUGGGCAUCUCAUGACACCAUUAAUGACUGGAGUGAAGUGUGUCAAGUGGUUGUUCCUACACCGUUCCGACAGCAGGUUCUGUCACUCGCCCAUGACCAGGCGUGGUCUGGACACUUGGGGAUCACAAAGACUUAUAACCGGGUCCUUCGUCAUUUCUUCUGGCCAGGUUUGAAGUCUGACGUGGUCCAAUUUUGUAAAACAUGUCACAUAUGUCAACUCACUGGGAAAGUGAAUCAAACAGUUCCACGAGCGCCACUCUGCCUGAUUCCUGUGGUGGGGGAACCGUUUGAAAGAGUGAUAAUUGAUUGUGUAGGUCCAUUGCCGAAAACCAGGUCAGGUAACCAGUUCUUACUAACAAUAAUGUGCAGUGCUACUCGAUACCCAGAGGCUAUUCCUCUCUGUACUAUAACGGCUAAGACUGUGGUGAAGGCACUAGUGAAGUUCUUCUCUACGUUUGGACUCCCUAAAGUAAUCCAAACUGAUCAGGGAUCCAACUUCAUGUCUAAACUGUUUUCAAAUGUGUUAAAGACAUUGUGUAUUUCCCAUCAGGUCUCUAGUCCGUAUCAUCCAGAGAGUCAAGGGGCUCUAGAACGCUGGCAUCAGACGCUGAAGACAAUGCUACGCAAGUAUUGUAUGGAGACCAGUACUGAUUGGGAUGAGGGGGUGCCCUUUGUCCUAUUUGCUAUAAGGGAAACGAUACAAGAGUCCUUAGGGUUCAGCCCUGCUGACCUUGUGUUUGGACACACCCCACGGGGUCCGCUUAAAGUUUUGAAGGAGCAUAUCUUAUAUCCUACACCCAGUAGCGCCCCUAAAAAUGUGUUGGAAUAUGUCAGUAAGAUGCGGGAGAGACUGCACGCCGCAUGUGCGCUAGCCCAAAAGUCUCUCUCCUCGUCUCAAAAACGCAUGAAGUUGCAUUAUGACAAAAAGGCUGUUGGCCGUUCAUUUGCACCAGGGGAUCAAGUUUUAGUUUUGUUGCCAAUCCCUGGCUCAUCUCUGUCAGCACGUUUUUCUGGACCAUAUCUGGUGGAAAAGAAAAUCAAUGACACCAAUUAUGUGAUAAAGACACCAGAUCGAAGGCGUUCUUCCCGUGUGUGUCAUGUUAACAUGCUGAAAACAUUAUGUGCGUGAUUCUCCAGACAGCUCCUCAAGUAAGCCGGGCCAGCCCGCCGUCUCCAGUGUGGCUGCAGUGGUGCUGAAGCCUGGCUGGGACCUAGAUGAGGAUAAGGAGGACGGGUUGGAGUUACGCCAUACGUUACAGCAAGUGUGUUUCAGGACAUUCCAAGUCGCACAUCCAUCUUGGAACAUGACGUGGAUGUGGGGAACGCUGUUCCUAUACGUCAGCAUCCGUACCGGGUUAAUGCUAAGAAAAGGGAGGUAAUGAAAAGUGAGAUAGCUUAUGUGAAGGGCUCGGCGAAUGUGGUUGCUGGCGCCCUAUCACGGGUUUACUAACUGGGGAAGCGAUGGCUUUUGUUAUUGCAAAACUAGGUUUGCAAUUUUUGUGGUGGGCGUGUUACGUUCCCCAGUUUAUGUGUUGUAGUUUGUGUACUUGCAUGUGUUUAUUUCAGGAAAUGGCUUCCUGAAAUCCCUCAAGCAGCUGAUUGGUCGACUCCAGGGCUAAUUGGAGAGCUGACCCCGCCCCCUCGUCAAGCCACAGCUGUCUCCAAUUACACAUUCCUUCUGAAGCUAUAUAAAAGCUAGUGUUCUGCUGAGGAAAGAGAUUGUUGGAGGUAGGGAUUGCUGAGAGAUUUUUGGAGGUAGGGAUUGCAUAGAGAGAUUUUUGGAGGUAGGGAUUGCUGAGAGAUUUUGCUGAGGUCAUUGCAGAGGUCAUUGCAGAGCGAUUGUUUGUGAUAGAGAUUUGCUAGAGAUAUUUUGCUGGGAGGUCAUUGCAGAGUGAUUGAUUGUGAUAGAGAGAUUUUUGCUGGAGGUUGAUUUGCUGGGAGUUCAUUGCUGGGAAGUUGGUAUGUUUUGUGAGUUUGUUGCUCAGAUAUAGCUUAUUUGAUGUACUUUGUUUCUUAGUUUGUUUGUGAAAUUGUUUAAUAUCCUGUUUCAUUUGU